AUGUCGGGUUUCACUGCGAUCAAUAAGGAAUCAUACAAGGAAGACGAAGCUGUGCCCCCUCUGACCGCUGAUGACGCCGCCGCCAUGGCCGCUAGCGCCCUCGAAGAGACCGCCGCCACAGCUAACAGCGCCCUCAACCUCGACCUUAACCCCAUCGCCGAGGAAUCUCCAACCACCGUGGCCCCUACCUCUACUACGCCGACUAGGUCUGACACUGAACCCUCUCAAGCUACUAUUGCGAGCAAGGGUAAAGGUGUGCUGGCUGAUAGGAAACCCUCGACCAAGCGAAGAGUACGAUACAGUGAGGUGAAGGAGUUCAAGAAGCUGGAACUGUGCUAUGAGAACAACGAGGCCGUCCCGGACGACCUUGAGGCCAUAAUCGACAGGAUCAAUCAUAGAGUCGGGCAUGAAAUGAAGCCUGCGUAUGAAAAAAUGAUGAUGGAACUCCGCAUGCGACGCUGGCGCGCCAUAGAAGCGAAACAAGCCGACAUCGUGGCUACCAAGAAUGAGCUCGAGCAAGAAGUACUAGCGCUAAGAGAGGAGCGUAAACGGCUACAAGAAGAACUGGCUGACACCAAGUACAAUCUUGCCAUAGCACGAUCAAACGCUGCGUCUGCGCCUCCCACUUCUACGACUACGCCUACGAAGUCAAAGCGUUCCGCGAAGAAGGCAGAGCCAUCCAUCACCCGGCCUGAGAACGCCACGCGUCGGGAUACGUCGGUGCCCAUGGCAUCAGUGGCAGUUGUGGCCCCCUUCGAUACGAUCAUAGAGGCCGGCGUUGAGGCUGUCGUGUCGGGACAGCGUCAGAGAUUGGAGGACUGGGUGAAGGUUGCCGUGGGAAGAGAUAGGCCUCACUACCAGUAG